AUGUCGCUGCGUCGAUUUGCCACUGUAGCACGCGGAAAAUAUCCUCUGGGCGACCGUGUCCACGGCUUUGUGGUGCGGCGCGCGCUGGACGUGCCGGAGUUCAGCCUCACUGCGGUGGAUCUCGUCCACGAGCGCACUGGCGCCAGCCACCUGCACAUCGACCGCCAGGACAAAAACAACGUCUUCAGCAUGGUUUUCAAGACAAACCCGCCCGACAGCACGGGACUCCCCCACAUUCUGGAGCACACCACGCUGUGCGGCUCCGAAAAGUACCCUGUGCGCGACCCGUUCUUCAAGAUGCUCAACAGGUCGCUGGCCAACUUCAUGAACGCCAUGACGGGCCACGACUACACUUUCUACCCGUUUGCGACCACCAACCCGACGGAUUUCUAUAAUUUGAUGGACGUGUACCUGGACGCGACGCUGAAUCCGCUGCUGUCGGAGGACGAUUUCUACCAGGAGGGCUGGCGGCUGGAGCACGAGGACACCUUGGACCGGGCCAGCCCGCUGUGUUUCAAAGGCGUGGUGUACAACGAGAUGAAGGGCCAGAUGUCGGACUCUGGGUACUGGUUCUGGAUCAAGUUUCAGGAGGCCAUAUAUCCCUCGCUCCACAACUCGGGCGGCGACCCUGCCAAGAUACCAAACCUAGUGUACGAGGACCUGGUGGACUUCCAUGCCAGGUACUACCACCCGUCCAACGCGGCCACGUUCACGUACGGCAGCCUGCCGCUGGAGAGACAUCUGGCACGAAUCAACGAGAAGUACGCCCGGUUUGGCCGGCGGCAGCGGCGCCAGGACGUGAAGCAGCCCAUUGAGCUGCGUAGCAACACCUCGUUGAGCGUCGCUGGCCCCGUGGACCCGCUUCUGCCGCUGGAAAGACAGUACAAAGGCUCGUUGACGUGGUACUGUGGCCGGCCGGACGACGUGUACGAGACGUUUGUGAUGCGGCUCGUGGCGAACCUGCUGAUUGACGGCCAUUCGUCGCCGCUGUACCAGGAGCUUGUCGAGACCGGGCUGGGCACCGACUUCAGUAUCAACUCGGGCAUGGACUCGAUGACAGACGUGAACAUGCUGAGCAUUGGGUUGCAGGGGAUGAGCGAGGAGACGGCUGCCAAGCUGCCGGAGACGGUGAGAGACGCUGUGCAGCGGGCCAAGACGGCCGGAUUUGCAGGGGACAAAGUUGACGCCAUGAUACACCAGCUGGAGCUUGGCCGCAAGGUCGAGAGCGCGUCGUUCGGGCUGAACGUGUUGAGCUCGCUGGUGCCGGGGUGGGUCAAUAGGGUGGAUCCGCUCGAGAUGCUCAAGUGGGACAACGUGAUCGGCAGGUUUAGACAGGAGUACGCCAAGCAAGGUGACGUCAUGUUUACAGAGCGACUCGACAAGUACAUUCUGGACGCUCCCUAUUUCCACUACACAAUGUUUCCGGACGCAGGGCUGGAAAAGCAGAUUUCCGACGAGGAGCAGCGGCGGCUGGAGAAGAAAAUCGCCACGCUGGACGAGAGCGACAGGGAGGUGCUCUACCAGCGGGGGCUGAAGCUACUGGAGAACCAGAACAAGCAGGAGGACCUCUCGUGCUUGCCGACCCUAUCGACGGCCGACAUCAGCAGGGACGGCGACAGCGUGCGGCUGAAGCUGAAAAGCACGGGAGCCACCGAGCUACAGACGAGAGUGUCGUCCAAGACGAACGGACUGACGUAUUUCCGGUCGCUCAAGACGAUUUCGGCCUCGGAGCUGCCGCUGGAGCUGGUGAAGUACCUGCCCCUGUUCACGGACUGUCUGACGAACCUGGGCACAAAAGACAAGUCGAUGGCGCAGCUGGAGGACGAGAUCAAGCUGUACACGGGCGGGAUCUCGCCGACGGUGUUUUCGCACAGCUCGCCCGACAAUAUGAACACUGCGUAUCUGAAGUUUGGACUGAACGGCGUGGCUCUGAACGGCAACUUUGAGCGGCUGCUCGAUUUGUCUUACCAGCUGCUUGCAGAGACCGAUUUCGACAACCACGACAAGCUGAGCGUGCUGGUGAAGACUCUGACCAGUGACAACAUCAGCGCGAUCGUCAGCAGCGGCCACAGCUACGCGCGGGGGUACUCUGCGGCACAGCUCUCGAAGUCUGCCAAGCUGCAGCAGCUGUUGGGCGGAAUAGAGCAGGUGUCGUUUUUGAACGAGUUGCGGGUGCUGGACGAGCAGAACCGGCUGGAGGAAGUGUCUAUAGUGCUGAAACGGAUACAGAGCAUUUUGCUGGGCGGCUCGAACUUCAAAUUGGCGGUCACUACCGAUAGAGCAAAUGUGUCCGCACAGGAAGAGCUGGCUGCCCGAUACGGCGAGCAGUUCCAAUUACGGCACUCAGUCAGCCCCUACGAGAUGGAGAUGCAGCAAGCAGUGCAGGACAGAGUAGUUGAGAUUGCUGCUCAGGUUAGCUUUGCAGCCGCGGUGGCGUCGGGGUCGUCGUACACUUGUGAGGACGGUGCGGCACUGCAAAUACUUGCGCAGCUAAGCACGUUCAAACACUUGCACAGCGAGGUCCGCGAAAAGGGAGGGGCUUACGGUGGAGGCGCGACAUACGACGCCCUGAACGGCAUUUUUGCAUACUACAGUUUCCGCGACCCCAAUCCUGCAAGGUCGAUCGAAAUGUUUGCGCAGAGCAUGGGAAAAAUAGUGGACAUGAUUGAGAAUGAGCAAAUCACGCGAGAGGAUCUGGGACAGGCGAAAUUGAGUAUUUUUCAGAACAUCGACGCUCCAGUGAGCGUCCGCAGCGAGGGUGCCACGCAUUUCAACUACGACGUGGAUGACGACAUGAAGCAAGCACGCAGAGAGAGUUUGCUGGAUUGCGACUUGCAGAGGGUUGCUGUUGUGGGACGCAAGUACUUUCCAACGCGGCUGAGCAAUACAAUAAUUGGCGCUGAUCCGGGCGUGGACUGGACCAAGGUGUCGCUUGGUUCUAGAGGGUGAUUGUGCCGGGAAUACACGAAUCGUGGCGUUUCUAGACAUUGUACAUAGUACGGGUAAUUGAAAAUUGC